AGGCUGUCGGUCCCCCUUGCGUCGAUAUGAGCGAUGUUCAACGGCACCGCUCUGUUGUUGAAGGGCCAUCUUUGAAACCUAUAGCCAGACGACUUGCUGAUAGCCGAGUGGAUUGCUCCUCAGUCGCCAUCGACAUUGCGCGACCUUAGGCCAGGACGACUCGCCAUCAUGAUUUCCGCUUUACUCACAGCGAUACGAGACGUGGGAAAGUGCACAACGGUCGUCGUCACAUCAACUUUGCUUAUUAUCGCUUUUAUCAUCACUCUCUCCCACUCACCAAAUUCCCGAUUACCGCUAGUAAACAGCCCGAAGCGCUGGGAAAUUUCCUUCACCAACGCGAAGAAGCGGUACUAUUCAAAUGCGAAGGAGAUUAUACAAGCUGGAUUCGAGAAGUCCAAAGAUGGGUUCUAUGCUGUCACUGAGAACGGGAUCGAGCUGAUUCUCGCCCCCAAAUAUGCUCACACUAUACGGAACGACAAAAGAUUUGACUUCCAUGCCUACAGGGUUCAUACAAUGCUGCCCAAUGUCGCCGGGCUGAAGGUCUUUGAAAUGGACCAAGUGGGCAAAGAGAUUAUGAGCUACAUCAUCCGUCAGAAACUGACGCAUCAAUUGGUCGAUUUGAUCGAGCCGCUUUCUGAAGAGGCAAGUGAUGCCUUGCAGCGCAGCUGGACAGAUAAUCCAGAUUGGCACGAAAUCAACGUCAAGUCCGCCCUUCUGGAAGUGAUCUCUCAACAAUCUGCCCGCGUCUUCCUUGGCCGCAGCUUUGCACACAACCCAACCUGGCUCGCCUUAUCACGCAGCAUCACCCUUCACGCGUUCAGCGCCGUGCGAGACCUUCGCGUCUACCCAUCCCUCCUCCGGCCGCUGGUUGGUUGGUUUCUCCCCGCUUGUAAAGUGCUUCGUGGGGAGAUAGCCAAAGCUCGAACGCUCAUUGAACCCACUGUUCUCGCGCGACAAUUGGAGAAAGCGCGAUGCGUAGCCGAGGGGCUCGAACCCCCGGUAUACUUGGAUACGAUUGCCUGGGCAGAAGAGUGUGCACGCGGGCGCCCAUACGAUCCGGCGGUCGUCCAACUCACCCUGGCUCUCUCGGCCAUGCAUAAUACCUCGGAUUUUCUCACGCAGGUCAUCUACGAUAUCGUGGCGAGACCGGGGCUGAUAGAGGAACUGAGAAAGGAAAUUAUUGACGUCCGAGAGAAUGGAGGGGGAAGAGAGUUAUGGAAUAAGGGGGCGGUGCACCAGCUAAGGUUGAUGGACAGUGUCAUGAAAGAGAGUCAGCGUCUGAAGCCGACAGGACUAGUAAACAUGCGGCGCUAUGCGACCGAGAAGAUGCGCCUCUCUUCGUCUGAUGGUGGAGGAGACAAGGACGGCAUUCCGAUCAAGAAAGGGGAUUUGGUAAUGAUCUCGCAACACAACCACUGGGACGAGGAGAUUUACGCGAACGCGGCGUCUUUUGAUCCUUAUCGAUACUACCAGCUGCGUAAGACGACCACCCAAGAGCAUGCGGCGCAUUUUGUGGCGACAAGCGUCAACCAUAUCGGAUUUGGGCAUGGAGUGCAUGGCUGCCCUGGCCGGUUCUUCGCCGCUGCCGAGACUAAGCUUGCGCUUUGUCACAUUCUUAUGAAGUACGAGCUCAAACUUGUGGAUUCGCCCAAGGUUUUCACUGUUGGCUCCAUUACGAGUGCAGACCCGGUUGCUAGGAUCGCUGUGAGACGGAGAAAGGAAGAGGUGCAGCUGUAA